GCCCAUAAUCUAAGCAGCUGCACCCCAAACCAAAGGACGCCUGGCGAGCCAGGACGACACCUCGACUCAAUUUCAGUGUUACUCUUGUACAUUUCUACUAUCCAACUAUGGGGGCACUGAUUUUGAUUCUGUUUUGAGGGAGGAAGGCUCAGAGUUUGCGGUCUUGUUCCGAACUCCAUAACUCCAAAUGACUCUCCAAAACUUUCUCAAGACCUUGAAAACUGUCAAAAAAUCGUACCCAUCAGGCCUUUCUUCAAAACCUUACCAACCCUUACCGGACCUUAUCUCCCAAAUUCUAACGACUUCCAAGCCCCUCGAUGCCUCUACUAUUUCCGAUCUCAAUCCCACCACUUUCCAGUAUAUACUCACAAACCCAGAUCUCAAAGCCUCCAAAUGCUUCCGUUUCUUUAACCUUGUCAUAAAAAACCAAUCUUUGGUUUCCUUCAAGCCUGAUCUUCAAGCUCACUUGACCCUUACUUGUAGGCUUCUUAAAGCCAGAUUGUUUUCGGAUGCUGAAGCUACGUUAAAAUCUGUCUCGGUUGAUGAAAGUCUCAGGUACCCUUUUCUUGUUAUAGCUUCGGCUGUUGAGAACUGCUGUUUCGAGUCCAAAGUUAUAACAAAGUUUUAUAAUUUAAUGCUUAAAGUUUACUCUGAUAAUGGAAAAUUUGGUGAGGUAUUGAAGACUUUUGAUUAUAUGAAGAAUAAUGGGAUUAAGAUUGAUGAGAGAACUUGUACUGUUCAUUUGAUUGCUCUUAAGGGAGCUGAUGAAUUGGGAUUGGCUUUACAGUUCUUUUAUCAAAUGGUGGAAACAGGUAUCGAAAUUUCUGUUUAUUCAUUGACAGCUGUGGUUGAUGGGUUGUGUAGAAACGGGGAUGUGAAGAAAGGUAGAGAGAUAGUGGGGGAGAUGGCAGAUAGAGGGAUUAAAGCUAGUAUAAUAACUUAUAACAUUAUGAUAGAUGCUUGUGCAAAGAGAUGGGAUUUUGAGGAGUUGGAUUUGGUGUUAGGUUUGAUGGAAAAAGCAGGAGUGGAAUUCAAUGUCGAGACCUUUAAAUUUUUGAUUGAUGGGUAUACAAGCUAUGGGAAAAUCAAUGAAGCUGGAAGGUUGAUUGGAGAGAUGCAUGACAAAGGUUUGAAAGUUGAUACUUAUUUGUAUAAUUUGAUGAUAAAUCGUUAUUGUAAGCUAGGAUCAAUAGAGAAUGUGUUAUUGUUGUUUGAUAGAAUGAGCAAUAGAGGUGUAAAGCCCAAUGCUGAUACAUAUUGGCUGUUAAUAAAUGGGCAUUCAAAGGUUGGAGAAAUGGAAAUGGCAAUGAAGUUUGUAAAUGAGAUGCAAAAGAAGGGAUUUGAGUUGGACAAGGUUAUGUAUGAUAUGUUGAUUGAUAGAUUUUGUCAGAAUGGGAUGGUUGGUGAAGCUUUUGAGUUGCGAAUUGAGAUGGAGAGGAAAGGAUUUCAUUCUGAUAUGUACCUAUGCAAUCAGAUGGGGAAAUUAUUGUGUGAGAUUUAUCAGACUGAGAAAGCAAAGAUGCUGCUGAACAUAAUGAUUAAGAGGGGUGUAUGCCCUAAAGCAGUAAGCUUCACAUCUGCAAUCAGCUAAAAAUGCGAGGAAAGAAAUUUAGUGGAGUGGUAACAUAAAGGGCUUAAAAACCGUUGUAGGUGUUGUGUGAGAGAUGACUUCCAGGAAGCUAGGGGCUCUGAAGCCAGAUAACGUAAAAUGAAAUUAAGACUUCAUGUGAUUGCUUUUGCCAACACCGACGCGGAUGUCUCUUGAAUGACAAACAGGAGCUGCUGCUGACAAGUGCUGACAAUUUUUCAAGUUUCGAAUGGAGUAAAUCUUGUAGAAUGCUAUGGUGACAAAAUUUGGAACCACGGAUGGAUUCGAACAGCAA